AUGGAGGAUUUCAACAGCGAGACUGACAGUGACUAUACUAGUUACUGGAGAGAUUGGUGUGGGAGGGGUGAUUGCGGCUUGGGAGUUGAGGAUGAGGGGACGGGGCAGCGGCUGCGCACAGUGCUGUUGCAAGUGAAUCUUGGUGACAAUGGACAUUGCGGCUGGUGA